AUGGAAAUGGUUGAAACCAAGAGAUUUGACUCAAAUGCUCUUUCAAGAAGUCGAGAACAUGAACAACCCAUCGUCAUUGACAAUUCACCAAAUCUCGAUAAUCGCACGGUUCAAAUUCUAAAAACAUUAUACAAUGAAUUAUGUUCCAUCCAAAAAACCACCUCGACAGGAUCUCCUUCCAUGAGCAAUAUCACAUCGAGACAACACAAAAUUCUCUCCCAAUCGAAAAAGAUGAAAGAAGCAUGUAACGACAUUUUGAACUUGUUAUUUAAAGGAAACAUUCCAAAAGAGAGCGGUACGACAGCUACAACAACCACAACAUCCUCACAUGACAACAUUUUAGAAAACAUGGAAGAUCAUAUUCGAGAAUUGUUACAUCUCGAUCUCGAUCAGUUGAAAGACACGAUCGAGUUGGUCAAUCAAGGAGAAUAUAACAGGAGUCGAUUGGGAGAAUUGAGAGUUAAUGAACUCAAAGACGUCAUGGGAGAAAUAUUUCUAAAGUGA